AUGCAUCUUCGCACCGGCAAUCGGUGCGCUUGCCUACAAAUUUAUUUAUUUUUUGCAGAUAAAACGAUAAAAUUAUGGAAGAUCUCUGAACGGGAAAAGAAGGUUGAGGAUGGCGGCUGGAAUCUUGCCCGAGAUUCCGAUGGCUCUUUCGUAAGUAAACGAGGCUUUAAUGGCGAGCUUAAGCUACCCAAAUUGGUACCAAUGGAAUUAAUAGUGGAAGCAUCUCCUCGUCGGGUCUAUGGCAAUGCACACACUUACCAUAUUAACUCUAUCAGUAUUAAUUCGGAUCAGGAAAUGUUUCUAUCAGCUGAUGAUUUGCGCAUAAAUAUUUGGCAUCACGAAAUAACCAAUGAAAGCUUCAAUAUUGUGGACAUAAAGCCAGUGAACAUGGAAGAGUUAACCGAAGUGAUCACAUCCGCUGAAUUUCAUCCCACGCAGUGCCAUUUGUUCGUCUACAGCUCCUCCAAAGGCUCCAUACGGUUAUGUGAUAUGCGUAAUCGUGCACUUUGUGACGAUCAUGCAAAAAGUUAG